UGUCCCUGCCAUGGCGGAGCUGGAGCGGCUGGAGCGGAGGGUGCGGGAGCUGGAGGACGAGCUGGCCCGGGAGAGGGGCGGGCGGCCGGCGCCGCGGGCCCGCAUCGACACCAUGAGCCCGGAGGUGACGGACACCAAUCCCUACAGUCGCUUGAUGGCAUUAAAACGAAUGGGAAUUGUCAAAGACUAUGAGAAAAUCCGUACCUUUACGGUCGCAGUUGUAGGUGUAGGUGGAGUUGGCAGCGUGACUGCUGAAAUGCUGACACGGUGUGGCAUUGGUAAGCUGCUCCUGUUUGAUUAUGACAAAGUGGAACUGGCAAACAUGAACAGACUCUUCUUCCAACCUCAUCAAGCUGGAUUAAGUAAAGUGCAAGCAGCAGAGCAUACUUUGAGGAAUAUUAAUCCUGAUGUUCAGUUUGAAGUACAUAACUACAACAUCACAACACUGGACAACUUUGAACACUUCAUGGAUAGAAUAAGUAACGGGGCAUUAGAGGAGGGGAAGCCUGUGGAUCUUGUUCUGAGCUGCGUGGACAACUUCGAAGCUCGCAUGGCGAUUAACACGGCCUGCAAUGAACUUGGACAAAUCUGGAUGGAAUCUGGAGUGAGUGAAAAUGCAGUGUCAGGACACAUCCAACUGAUCAUACCUGGGGAAUCCGCGUGUUUCGCGUGUGCUCCUCCACUCGUAGUUGCUGCAAAUAUCGAUGAGAAAACACUAAAACGAGAAGGAGUUUGUGCAGCGAGUCUUCCUACAACUAUGGGUGUUGUGGCAGGAAUUCUUGUACAAAAUGUUCUCAAGUACCUGUUAAACUUUGGUACUGUGAGUUACUAUCUCGGUUACAACGCGAUGCAGGAUUUCUUUCCAACUAUGUCUAUGAAGCCAAACCCACAAUGUAGUGACCAAAAUUGCAGAAAACAGCAAGAAAAUUAUAAGAAAAAAGCAGCUGCACAACCAAAACAAGAAGUAAUUGAACAACAAGAGGAAAUAGUACAUGAAGACAAUGACUGGGGCAUUGAAUUAGUAUCAGAAACUUCAGAAGAUGAGCUGAAGGCUGCAUCUGGCCCAGUUCCUGAGCUUCCUGAGGGCAUUACUGUAGCAUACACCAUCCCGAACAAGGAAGAGAAUUUGAUAACCGAGGAAACGGUAGCAGAGUCUGAAGAAAGCCUAGAAGAACUCAUGGCCAAAAUGAGAAACAUGUAGCAAAUAUUAAGUACAACUCUGGGGAGUUUGGGUUGGCAGUGGAUUAUAAGAAGACCACUCUUUUUUUCCCCUCUUUUUUUACCUCCACUGAAACUUGUCUUUGUGUUUCUGAUGAAAUGGAACUGUUAUGGGGCAGGAAGGAGACGCAGUUACGUUGUACAUAGGGAGUUGUUGUGUUACUGUAAACUCUCAUUUCUCAGCACUCCUAGUGUGCAGCUGUUCAGUAGGAAAUAAAGCGAUGGACAAACUAAGGCAGUUGUUCCCUGUGAGGGUGCUGAGGCGCUGGCACAGGGUGCCCAGAGAAGCUGUGGCUGCCCCAUCCCUGGCAGUGUUCAAGGCCAGGUUGGAUGGGGUUGGAGCAACCUGGUCAAGUGGUCUAGUCCCUGCCUAUGGCAGGGGUUGGAACUGGAUGAUCUUAAGGUCACUUCCAACCUAAACCAUUCCAUGCUUCUGUGAAACUCACAAAAGCAGGUACAGCACA